AAGCACUAAACAAGUGAUCAGUGUAGAUUUAGACGUUUGCAAACGAUCAUUUAUAGAACUGAAAAAAAAACACGAACAAUUUUGUCAAAUACGACAAAAUACGGCGUUUAAUAAAAGAUCUAACGGAAUAGAAAAAAAAAAAAAAAACAUUUCGGAAAACAUUUAAGUAGUAAUUAAAAUAAAAUAUUACAAAACGACAAGAUUCUAACUGUGUCGGUACGUUUGACUUACAGACAAACUGUCUAAAUAAUAACAAAUCAAUGCGAAUGUGAAUGCCAACAACAAAACACGAUCAGCAAAAAAAAAAUUAAAAACUACAUCCACGCUUUUGCAAAAAAAACCACAAAAUAUCGAGAGAAAAAAAUUCAUUAUAAUAAUUUGGCAUGUGAGUGUGCUGUGACACCAUAGUUCUCUAUAAUUCGUUUUCGUUAUUGUAAAAUGUAAAAAAAAUAUCACAUGGAUUGUGUAAAUAAUGCAAAAUGCCAACAACGAUAAAACAAACCAACAAAAACGUUAAGUUAACAACGAUAUGUCAUUCAAAUAUUUCUUCCAUAAUUGGUGCAGUGAUUCUAAUAUUAUUAUGGCAAGGAUGUCAUCAUCAUGUAGCAGCAGCUGCCGCCAAAAAUGGUUAUUAUGUUAAUCAGGAGGAUCUACAAGAAGUCAAUGUAACCUGCAUACCAUUUGAUACACAAUUUACAUGUGAUUGUCACAAUGUUGAGAGGCACUUAUUUCUACCCCACCUAAUUGGUUCAGCAUUUCAAAUGGAAAUACGCAAUUGUAAAUCUUUAACAAUUAAUUCUAAUGCUUUAGAAGAAACUCAGGGUUUGCGUAAAAUUACCUUUAAAAAUGUUGAAAAUUUAGUAUUGAAUAAAUAUGCUUUAUCGUUUCCACUCUAUAGCAGUAGUACACCUUUAAUAAUAGCUUUCGAAAAGGUUAAAGUUAAACUUAUAGAUUCACAUGCCAUUAAUGGUCAAAUCGAAGAAAUCACAUUUGUUGACAGUUCUAUUGAGACCAUAAAUCCAUUUGGUUUUACCAUAUUGAAAUCAAAUGCUUUGCUGCUUAAAAUGGAAAAUGUACAAAUAAAUAGAAUUGAAUCACAGGCUUUCAAAAAGUUUGUGGUGGAAAAGAUUGAUUUACAAAAUUGUGUCUUUUUAUCAAAUGUGCCAUCGAAAGCUUUCUAUGAUGUGGAAGUUUCACAUUUAUUACUAUUAAAUAAUCUUAGAUUUAGAGAAGUCCAUUCAAGGGCAUUUUCAUUUAAAUUGAUCUCCAAAUUAAUUAUAGCCAAUAAUUUUUUCGAAAGUGUAGAUGCCGAAUGGCUGGAGGUUUAUGUUAAAGAGAGCUCAAUUAUUAGAGAUAAUUAUUUUGGCAAUACAAGUCAAAUAGCUUUUAAGGGCAUUAUGGUACAUCGUGACUAUGUUGGGAGUGAAAAGUUAGAGUUGCGUUUUAGCAACAAUACCAUACAUUUUCCUCAUACCGUACAACCACUCGAUUUCAAUGAGAAAUUUACUUUAAACCUUAAACAAUUAAACUAUGAUAAUUCCUAUUCCUGUCAUGAAAUCGAUUAUGAACAAAAGCCACCCAAAGCUAAAGAGCAAUUCUUUCAACAUUUUAAAGAUUUUAUAUAUUUUAAACAAAAUUAUAAUACAAAUCCUCAUGAAGAGUAUAGAGUUUUAAGUAAAAUUAUUGAUACAGAUUGUCAACAGCAUUCGUAUUGGUUGUAUAUAGUAAUCGGUGUAAUAAGUUUAAUAAUUAUUAUAGCCAUUAUAGCCACAGUAGUAUGUUUAUAUAUGGCUAAGAAACGUAAAGCUAAAAGAAAAAUGGAUAUUAUACAACCGGAACCGAGAACCUAUAAAGAAACACAAAUAGUUUAUCAAAUCGAAAAUGCGGGACUAUUGAAGACUGACUUUUAAUUACAAAUUAAACAUAAACCGAAAUCUAGAAAUAACAACACCUUUUACUCCUCAUUAAAGAUGCUAGAGAACACCGUAAUUCCACCAAAUAUUUAAUUUAAAAAAA